UUUGAAUACAAUUGAAUUCUCCUGUAGUAUACGUUUUGUUUUUGAAAAAGUAUUACAGCAUAAUAUAUGUAUCUUUCUCGCAUCAUCACGAGUACUGCAUUUCUAAUUAAGAAAUUUGGAUGAUUACUGGUUUGACUAAUAUACGUAGAUUCUAACAAACCCCAGAUCUUUGUAGCUAAGCAGAAUUUCCAAGAAUUUGGUUACACCGCGGCAUUGACUUGCGGAAGCGCCAGUGUAAUGUACUUAUUAUAAAUAUCAGCUCCUAAUCAUUGCAGAGAGCAGCAAGCAAACAUUAUUGCCUGCCUGCUUGCUAAUUAGUUCAAUUGCUGCUCAUUCUGAAGGAGGAAAAAAGAAAAAAGUGCCCGAAUCAACCAUACUGAAAAGCUACCAGUCCGGCACCAACCAUGUCCAAUAUGAAGAAGAAAGCAGUAAUGAAGGUGGGCAUGAAGACUCCAGAGGACAAGAUUGAUAUCAUGAAGGCUGUUGCUAAGCUCAAGGGAGUUGAAUAUGUAACCUUGGAUGGUGAGAGACAAAAAUUAACGGUGAUCGGAGAGGUGAAUCCUUGUCUGAUUGCGAAGAAGGUUGGUAAGUCUGGGAAGGGGAAGACAGUUGACCUUCUUGAAGUUAAGACUGGCAGGAGCGUUCAAGAAUUGAAUCGCCCAAACUGGGGUGAUUAUUAUAGGUAUAAUAACAAUUGUAACUAUGACUCUUCUUAUUAUGACUGUCCUCCAAGAACCACAUAUGAUUACUGUCCUCCCAGAAUUACAUAUGAGUGUCCUCCCAGAAUUAGGACGCAGCCCGAGUGUUACAAGGUCGUAUGCAACGAUGCUCCAGGAGAAUGUUCCAUCCUCUGAAAGACUGAUUCAUUCUUGUUGUCCAAUUGUUCUGGGUAGCUACUCUGCUUGGCAUGUAUGCAUCCAUUUUUUACUUUUCCCUUCCAAUUUUGCUUCUAUUCUGCAAGUAAUUGCAUUAGUUUAUUUGUACCUUGAUGUUGCUUGUCCUGUCCAUAUAUGUAUAUAAUUCCAGUAUCAAUUGUCCUUGGACUCCUUGGUGUUACCUUGGAAUCAAAGCAAUUCGACUCAUUCAGUUUUGGCAUACAUUAUA